AUGUCGGCAGGGUCAGAUCCAGCGACUGCUGCAGGCCGGCGGAGAACACCAUCCGGGUCACCCCCCGGUUCCAUUCUGGUCGCCUUGAACCGCAUCAUAGUCUCCUGGUUGUCAACCGAACUCAACUCUUCUGAGACCACAUCUGCCGUCUCUAAAGAACGACAACUGUACGAGACAUUGUGCUACUAUGUACAUGAAAAAGGGGAAGAUUUCUGGUAG